UAAUAAUUAAAAAGUAGCCUAAUGCAAAUAUCGUCACUGAAUUUUGAAAUGAUGUAGAACUUUUAACGAACUAAUUUGUUAUUCAAUUCCAAAACAAUAACAAAAAGUUACAAAAAAGUUUAAAACCGUUUUCAAAGAAUAGGUUCGUACUUUCAUCACCCAUGGCAGCCUACCAAUAAUCUGCGCCUGAAACUAUUAAAACGACAUUUGUGUUACAGAAAAAUUGCAGAUAUUGAAAAAAAAACGUCCACGACGAUGUACAAGUGUAUUAAAGCACAACAGAGAAAAUUGAGCGACGUAGAACGGCCAUAGAAAUAAGUUGAGAAAUUAUGCCUAAUGAAUUGCCGGUAAAGUUUUGGAGCCAAUUGAAAAGGAAUAUGAUGAAACGUCUAAACCAAUCAGAUGCAGUAGGAGGGGUUUGGAGCUCAAACUUCGAGUAAAGUCUUCUGACCGUCGACCACUUUCAACGUUCAGACUGCAUUCAAGUGCUCAGUUAGAGAGGCAGGUCAAGAACACCAAGCGAGGAAGGAGAUAGCACAGUUAUCUUUUUCCUUGGUCGGGUAAAUGAUGAUGAGUGUGUAAAGUGCAGUCCUCUUCAGUUUCAAGUUGGAUUUGGUUCGUUCAUCCUCCUCAACUAGAAACGUUUCACAGGAUUAUUUCUAGCUGGCUGUUCUAUGUUGAAAAUGACAGAGGAACACAAGACACUCAUGGAGCCCCCAUGCAGCCCUGCGGGCACCAACAGCUCCAUGUCCCAGGAUGAAUCCGACUCAGAUGCUCCUUCCUCUCCGACAGGCUCCGACGGACACGGCUCCCUCCUCGCCGGCUUGGGCAAAAAAGCGGAUAGCGAAGAUGACAGGUUCCCUGCCUGCAUCCGAGAUGCGGUUUCCCAAGUUCUUAAGGGAUAUGACUGGUCUCUGGUUCCUAUGCCCGCUCGGGGAAACGGCUCGCUGAAAAACAAACCUCAUGUGAAGAGACCGAUGAAUGCUUUUAUGGUGUGGGCGCAGGCUGCCCGCAGGAAGCUCGCGGACCAGUACCCCCAUUUGCACAACGCCGAACUUAGCAAGACCCUUGGCAAAUUAUGGCGCUUGUUAUCAGAGAAUGAGAAAAGACCGUUUGUCGAGGAAGCCGAACGGCUGCGAGUCCAGCACAAGAAAGAUCACCCAGACUACAAGUAUCAACCUAGACGACGAAAAAGCGUGAAGCCUGGUCAGAACGACUCUGAUUCGGGGGCCGAACUGGGUCACCAAAUGUACAAGACCGAGCCUGGAAUGGGCGGUUUGGCAGGGUUAGCGGACGCUCACCAUCACCCAGACCACACAGGUCAACCACAUGGUCCUCCCACACCCCCCACCACUCCUAAGACAGACCUGCACCACGGGGGCAAGGGCGAACUGAAGCACGAGGGUCGGCGUCUAGUGGACAGCAGCGGAGGGCGGCAGAACAUCGACUUCAGCAAUGUGGACAUCUCUGAGUUGAGCACCGACGUCAUCUCCAACAUGGAGGCCUUCGAUGUGCAUGAGUUCGACCAGUACCUUCCCCUCAACGGGCACAUUACCACGGCCACCGCUGCCAACAUGCCAGGCUCCGACCACGGGCACGGGCCCAACCCCGGGGGUCCUUUCAGCUCGCCGUACAGCCACGCCAGCUCAGCCCCGACCACAUGGAGCCGCAAGAGCGCCGUCGGCCCGUCUUCCUCCGCCUCUCCCUCCGCCGACGCUGCCAGCCAUCGCACCCACAUCAAAACCGAGCAGCUGAGUCCCAGCCACUACAGCGAGCCCCCCCACGCCUCGCCCUCCCACCCCGACUACCCACCUUACCCUCCCCAGCCUUGCGUCACCUCUGCCGCCGGCUCGGCCUCGGCCUCCGCUUCCUCCUUCUCCAGCUCCCAGUGUGACUAUGCAGACCUGCAGAGCACCGGCUACUACAGCCCCUACUCUGGGUACCCCUCCGGCCUCUAUCAGUACCCCUAUUUCCACUCCUCGCGGAGGCCCUACGGCAGCCCCAUCCUCAACAGCCUCUCUCUCCAGUCCUCCCACAGCCCCGCAGCCAACUGGGAGCAGCCGGUCUACACUACCCUGUCCAGGCCCUGAGGGCCACAUCCUUACUCUCUCAAAAUGCCCCUGACUCUCUCAAAAUGCCCCUGCCGAGGGCUCCCGACAGAGCUGAGAGGAGUCGCCUGUACAGCCAUUUAUUGCACUAAGGAAGGGUCCUCAACCAGGAGAAGAGAAUAUGUGCCAUCUCAGUUUAUACCAGAAAAAUGAGAGAGAUUAAGAGAGAGAGAAUAGUGGUGAGAGAGGGAGAGUGAAGUGCCUGCUGAAUCUUUUUUUUUUUUUUAAACUUUGAUGCAGUUUUUUUCCUGUAUUGUACGGACAUUUUGAAGGCAGAACUUGAUAUAUUGGUGCCUGAACAGCAAACGGAAAUCCUCUGUGAGGACCACCUGUCACCAACAACCCCCCUCCCCCGCGCUAUCAUUCCCCUUCCACCAUCUCCCUCCCCCAGUCCACGCGCACGCACACACACACAUACACACACACACACACACACUCUGCUCAAACCCCCGUCUGCGGCUGUUGGUGUGUUUUUCCAUGGCUGUGUGUGUACUGACUUGUGUAGGAGAUAAUUACAAAAACAGGCCAACUGAUUUGAUGAGACAGAUGGAGUAAGUUAAUGCAGAAAUAUGUGCACUGGGACCAAUUAUAAAAUAUUCUUAAAAUACAAGGCAGCAAGGGCUCUUUUCUGCAGCGUGAAUUUGCAAAGAACCCUGGCUUCAGGCAGAGGGACCAUAAACUUAAUAUGUGUUUUUAAAGUGAAGUUAUAAUUUUUUUUAACUAUUCCAUAUGUAUUUAUGUUAAACGUGUUCUUUUGCCGCUGUAUAGUUGUACAGAUGUUUUUGAGGAGGUGCGGUGGGUGUUUCAAAAUAAGAAAUGCAGGCUUUUCUAUCUCUGAUAAAGGAUUGGUGUCUGAUGUGGCCUUCCACGCAAACCGACCUGCACACAAUCUUCAUUCCAGGUUGUUGAAAGCAAGCUAAUAAACUGGGACCAAUUGCAAACCACGUGAUGAAACAGGUGUCUAAAUGCUAUGCCUACCAAAUCGCGAUUAGUCAUGAUGUGGGGUGGACGGAAACGCUGUAAGAUAACUCGGCCCCGUUUUGAGCGAGGUGUCAGCUGUUUUUCGCACAGCGGGAAGCACAGGACUUUCUCGAGACAGAAGUGGAACCCCUUCUUGACAUCGCCAGCUUGGUUAUACAUUACGCCUGAUGUCGCUCUACUUAUUUCGUAGGAUACGAUGGAUUGUCGUGUUUCAGUUCAAGCCCUAAACUAUUUUGAAAAGGACUUUCAUUUAAAACGGUCCGCCAGACUUGGAAUAUUCGUGUGCGUGUAGUGCGUGUGAGACAGAGAGAUAUGUUAUGUCUUACGAUGUGUCAAUUCAAAGGCACUUUCAUUGCCCAGGUUCAAAACCUCGUGUUGCAUCAGAAUGAUCAGAAAGCCAAUUCAUUAUUUAAUUAUUAACAACUUCUUGCAAAAUGCAUUUGUCGAUAAACAUAAUAAUACGACUUUAGGGAGACUCGCCACUUUCGAGCAUAAUUUGGUGCUAUCCGAAUCUCAUAGAAUGGAUUUUGUUUUUUAUUUUACGAUGUUGUAAUUAUUUCCAGCUUUAUAUUGCAUUUCACUCACCUUGAAACAGUGUUCAUAGCCAACUUUAUUUUUCCCGGUGUACGUUGAAAGAAAGGACCAUAUGUAUGGGUUUUUCUUUUUCUUUUCUCCAUGUUUACUAGAAUAUCCUCACAAGCACAGCUAACCUUACUUGUUGGUAAUUUCUGUGAAAAAAUAAACGUAACUUUUCUCUGAAUAGUGAAUGAUGUGUGUUGAAAAACUACAAUGUUAAAAUAAAUAUUUUCAUCAUCGAU